AUGACCCAUCCAGAGUAUAUUGAACCGCUAAGGGAGGAAAUAGAAGCGGGACUAAAAUUGACUGAAAACAAUUGGACUGUUGUUUGGAAACACACCCCUAAGCUAGAGAGCUUUACCCGGGAGACAUUGCGCCUUAAUCAACCUUCCCUCGGGCUCACCGUGAAACCUGGAACUUUGAUCGCCUUGCCCACUCGCGAUAUUCUCCGCGAUCCGGAGUUUUACCAGGAACCGGAGAAGUUUGACGGAUAUCGCUUUUAUGACUUCUCAUCCGAGACCACUGAUCCCCUUGGUUCAGUCACACCCUCUGAGACCUGGUUACCUUUUGGUAUCGGAAUAUCAGCAUGUCCUGCGCGCAAACUUGGACUUCGCACUGCUCAGAUGUUAUUCGCAAAAACCUUGUUGGCAUACGAUAUAGAUUUCGCCAGUGACAAGGAUCGCAAACUCGAUCUGGAAGUUCUCCAAGCACUGGACCUCAGUCCUAAUCCCCAAAUCAACAUGCGUGUUAGGGUUCGAAUGGGCUUUUCGGACAAGGAGGAAUGA